UUUUGUCAAGGCUGCCAAGGAGGACAUGCGCAUCCUCAGUCCAGUACGACGAACGCAAUAUCCGGCCUGAGUCUCAAUGGAUCCACUCCCAUUCAGUCGUGGAUGAGAAGAAGCCGUACGCCAAUUUGGCUCAAGGACCCACAUGGACAUCCCAAACAAAGCACUGUCGGCAGUGCUCUUUAGGGCCACUCUCACUUCUUGGCCCAUUCUUCCCUCCCUCUUCGUAUCCUUUUUCGUAUCCUUCUUCGUAUCCCUCUUCUUCACCUCGACUUUUGAAUCUAUCCUAUAGGUGCAUCCAUCCGGAACUAGUUGGUAACUAAUUACCCCAGGUGUUGGUCUUUGCUUGCUUAAGCUUUGACAUUCAUCUUUGUUUCUGACUCGAUUGUGAAUGUCAAGAACAGAACACCCGAUUCCAAUUGCAAUUUCAUCAGGUCGUCUGCCAUGGCCUUGUAUGAACUCGAAGAGUCUGAGGACGACUACGUGUUCCUCUCGGACGUUGAAUGCGAUACCGACUAUGCCGCCAACUCCCUUAGACCCAGAAGGUCGCAAGACUACUCAAAGGCCCUGGCCUCGUCUUCUCAGCAGCAUCAAUCGCAAGGGCAUAGCUCACAGCACUACGGAACAUUGCACAAGAGCCAGGAAGAGGAAGACUCGGACUUGGAGGACAUUGAGACCAUCGAGUACGGAUAUGAAAACGACACUUUAUUGAUCAUGCCGGCCAUGCUGCGCGACUACAGUCAUCAUGCUACGAACUACCAUCCAGAAUUAUGGCGGUCGCCUAUCCCUGGCAGCUACACCUCUCAGCCAUCGUUAGCACGCUGUCGUCAAGAAGAUCGAAUGCUGGAUCGGCAAGAGUUGCUCAAGAACAGUAUCUCACCAACAACUUGUGGCAUCUGCUUCGAGGCUUUCACGACCUUUAACCUCGACCCACUACAGCAGCCGGAGGUUAAAACUAAGGAAAUAUCCUCACAAGCACAGUUUGCGCUCUCCUUCACAGCACGACUAGCGCGUUCAUUUUUGUCCAGAUCCAACAACCACUCGAACUACAAUAGUAUUUCAAUACCAGGGGCAGAUAUAUCCUCUCCGCCCGCCUCACCUACAGAAGCCUCCUUCUCAUCUCCCUCGACCUCAGCAACUCCAGCAAUAGCUUUAUCUCCCAGCAACAAACGACGAUCCUCGAUAGGUGCUGCAACUAUCACACCUUCGCUCUCAGCCAAGGAUCUUGGGAUCGUCAUGUCAUGCGACCAUGGCCUCUGUUUAUCUUGCCUGCAGUCCUUCCUAACCAACACGACACAAACCCCACAGGCACGGUUCCCAACGCUCUGUCCACAGCCCGGCUGCAGGACGCCGAUCCCGAUAGAGUCUGCAGAACUCGUCUUGGAUGCAGAGACGCUGGAGAUUUGGUACAGGAAGUUGGCGGAGGUUCAUGUGGCGAAUAAGGUCUGUUGUCCGAGACAAGAAUGUCGAUCAAUUAUUGAUCUGGAUGAUCGUGAUGGGACUGCGGUGACUUGUCCAGAGUGCAGGAGUUCAUUCUGUGCAUCCUGCGCUGUUCCCUUCCAUCGAGGUCUGACUUGUGAGCAGUACCAGGCGCAGACACAGGGCGGUGAUUCAGAGGAAGAUCGUGCGAUGCUACAGCUUGUGCAGGAUCGACACUGGCGGCACUGUCCUUCGUGUCGGUUCGUCAUUGAGAAGCAACAAGGGUGUAACCAUAUGGUGUGCCAUUGUGGGCAAAGUUUUUGCUAUGCAUGUGGACAUCCCUGGAACGAACUGGAUGCUCGAUGUUCGCGCGAUUGUGAGAGCUAUGGUGUCCAUGAAGACAUUGGCGUGGAUUGUAUAAUCAUGUAACUUUUGAAUCGAAAUAAAAGCCGAAACGCAUGCCACGGUGAUACUAUUUAGCAUGUGCCAGU